UUCAAACAAUGAUCACAGGGAGAGAUGGACGAAGCCUGACCAUCAAUCUCUGCUAUGUGACGUCUCAAAAUUUAAGGGCAAAUCGGUGUAAACAUUUUUCCAAUUUUAACGACGGGGCCACAAUGGAAGCCUCAUGUGUGUCUUGGUUACCAUGGCGUCUCACUAGGGCCCCUGGGUGCACCGUAACACAACACAGGAAACACGCAGCCGUAACACACCUGAACACUACUACUCACACACGAACGUGAACUCUCACUCCCCUGACAUGACACAGUCGUACUGUUAGCCUGACCUACAUUCCCUGUCUGGCCGAAUACGUUAAGUUAAGCAGUGUGCCCAUAGUAUAUAUUUUUUUAUAUUUGCACGGUGAUCACAGAUCUUUAAAGAGCACAUUACCGCCUAACGCAGUAAACCCUAAGCAAGGAAUAACCCGAUAAGGUUAUUCUGUUUCAUUCUUCUCAAUAAAAUCCAGAAACAAAGGGAUUGCAUUAAAGAAAAUAAAAUAACCAUGACUGCUUCCGAGCACAUAGUUACAUUAAACCAAUCUGAACAUUUUCCACGGCUUGUGCCUUACUUUGCUUUUUUUGCUUUUCUUUGCGACUUGAACCGACCGGGAGGUACUGAGGGUGGGGCCUGAAUAAUGGGGAGGUUGGGGGAGGCAUUUUCUUUCAUUAAAAUAGCGAGUCACAACACCAUCCAUCCCCAAUGAUCACGGAAAAGCCCAGAACGUAGAGAGAUGACGUUUAAUGAGGAGGAGAACCAUGGAUGCAUAGAAGGGAUAAGGCUUCCCUCCACUCACGUGUUUAGUGGGGCUUGCUACUGAUAUGGAAAUAGGCAGCAGCACGUAGAGUUGAGGGCGAUGGUCGCAUGGCAGUGCGCCUCCCUCUGGGGGGAGAAAGAGGUGCACUUCAGUAGCCAAAUAUGUUCUGUAGCCGGAGUUUACUAGUUGAAAUUAAUUGUAAUUGAUCGAAUGCGUCAGGGUCGAAACAUUGCACCACCUAGUGGCAAAAAAGAUGUUAGACUAAAUCCUCAAGCACUUAGCAUGUGACUUGGCAUAUACCGUUAUUUCAAUUCACAUGCAGAGCAAAAUACUAAAUAUUUUUUUAGGUGUGCAAUCAUGCAAAUUGAUACUGAAAUGGUUGUUCAAUUUGAAUAAAGGUCAACGACUUAUAUUAUCAUUUACUAUUACCAUUAUCCAUUCAAUGUGCUUUAAUUCAUGUGCAUGCUUUUUCUGUUUUAGUGACAACGAGGUCCAAAUAUCACGCUUUUGCCUGUAUAUUAUUAAAAACAUUAUGUGCUUGAGUUUGAAGUAGCUUGCGGUUCUUUUUUUCAUUCCUCGAUAUUGAUUAAACCUGAGACUAUGAUGGGUUACACGUCUCCACGACGUCCAAAUCUGGAUUUUUGAUGUUGGGUUAUUCGUGGAGGAAUUAUGGCAUGCAUCUACAUCCUAGAAUAUGAGGGUUGGGCUCUGUGACGGAAUAUCGGUCCACCUGAACAUUUGGUUCCUUCGUGCCAAGUGGUUGAUUUGCUUGAUUACAAAUCCUUCACCUUUUGCGGAUCUCAACUGAUUGGCUGCUUCACUUUGUCCCUUCACGUGACGAUGCUUACCGAGUGGACAAACAAUGACUCAAUCAAUCCAUCAGCGUUAUUAUCAUUCUGGAUGUUUUGCCAAACUUGUUUGCCCACGGGACAUCACUUAUAGACGCGCUUAGCUUAUUGGUGAUUCAUUAUGGACGGGGAGAGUGAUUUAAAGGACGGCUGUCCGAGCCUGUUGUGUAAAGAACAUGAGGACUCUUACACCAUGGAUGAUGGAAUGAAGGAAGAGGAGGAUGAUGAAGAAGGGGGUGUGGAGGAGACGGAAGGAGAUAUAGAGGCACUGGAGAAGAAUGAGGGGGAGUCGCCCAUUGAAACAGAAAUGGAGAACGAUGAGGAAAUACUCUCGAACAAGAAGGAACACGACUCAAACGCCCCUGAGCACGACGAGGAACGGAGGUGUUAUCGAGAAACACCACGUCGAAAGCACAGUGAGCAAGCGACGGACGACAUGGAGGGCAGGGCCGGCCCUGACCUGACGCAGCAGGUACCCGAGGUCAUCUCGCUGGAGUGUACGGCCGCGUCAGGCCCGGGGGACGACCACGACCUCUUUGACUCCCCGUUUGGCGGCGUUGGCCACUAUUCCCCCCUGGCCUCUGUCCCUCUCCUCAUGACCGCUACACACCCCCACGACCACACCACCCCCAUGCCUGCACAGCCCCAGGGGGGCCCAAGGCCCCUCAACACCCUUCAAGGCCAAACCCUCCUGAUGCCGGCCCUGAAACCAAAGGAGACGCAGACGUCCCAGGCGGGCUACAACCGCCGCUCCAUACGCCACAGGGGGAGGAGGCGGCUGAUGGUCCUGCCCCCGCUGCCGAGCCUGGACCUGGGGGAGGUGCUGGACCGAGCCCUCCGGCCCCCCACGCCCAAGAAGAAGACCCGCACGCUGUACACCACUGAUCAGUUGGAGCAUUUGGAGUUUCUGUUCCAUGACGACCACUAUCCUGAUGCGGAGAAGAGGAAGGUCAUCGCCGCGUCCGUUGGGGUCACACCACAGAGGAUCAUGGUGUGGUUCCAGAACCGGCGGGCCAAGUGGAGGAAGAUCGAGCGCUCUGUGAAGGGGGAGAAGCAGAGCUGCGUGGGCAGCAGCAGCCUGGCCCUCCAACAGACCCAUCCCUCCCUGUCAGCCAGGGUGGCGCUCCCCAUGACGGGAGCCGGCUCUCUGUCCCUCAACUCUCCCUCCGUGGCUCACUCCCAGCCCUCGGCCGUAGCUGCCUUCCCCGGGCCGUCGGGCCAGGCACUGCCCUCCUACGGCGCGCUGCUGGCCAGCCUCACCAGCCUGAGCCAGCCUGGACCGAUGGACACGGGGCCCAACCGGCCUCCGUCUCUGGGGGGCUCCUCGGAGUACAACCCCCCGCAAUUGCACAGCCCGCCGCCGCUGAGGAGAGCGAGCCUGCCCCUCUACGCCAGCAGCUACACCCCUAACCCCGCCAUGCCUCUGCUCAGCACCCCGGCCCACACCCCUGGCCUCUGCCUGGAGGCCUUGGAGGGCCGCUCCUUCCUGGCCCAGCUGGACGACCCCGGGAGGGAGCCCCCCAUGCUGCACGCCGACACCAGCUCCCUCUUCGACUACAGCGAGGGGCUGGACUACCUGACCUCCGCCAGCCAGCAGAACAUCAACAACCACAACAGCUACUCCUACCGGCCCCAGGCCCCCUACCCCUCCAGCCAGCCCCCCCAGCGCCUCACCUACCUCACGCCCUCCCCCUACCUCACACCCAACCCCCCGGACUCCAACCCCACCUCCUACCUCACCUUCGGCCCCGGAGGCGGCGCCAACGGGGUCGUGACCUACGCUGCUGGAGGCCAAGCCUACUUCCAGCCCCACUCCAACCCCGGGCAGAUCCUGCUGCAGGGGGGCGGCCCCCACGGGGGCCCCCCAGCCUACCAGUCCUACUCCUGGGGGAACAUCCUGGGCCAGCCGGCGGUGGUCCAGCGGGCGCAGGGUCCGUCCUCCUACCCGGGGGGCCUUCAGCCGCCCAGCUCCACCAGCACCCUGCCCUCGUCCUCCUUCUUCAUCAGAGGGAGCCAUGGACCCUCCAACCCCCAGCGCUGUUCCUCCCACUCCCAGACGCACACCUCCCUCACAAGCACCACCACCAACCACAGCAUGGCAGCAGUCCAGCGCGGGCCACAGGUCCCCAGGGGGGCAGCCCUGCCGAUCCAGCUCAGUCCUGCCUCGCCAGGCAGUCCACCACCGCCCUCUUGUGUCAAGAUUGAGUACGAGAGCCCUGACCAGAUCCACAGCCACUUCCACUGUGACUUCUCCCCCAUACACUUCUGAAUCGGCUGCCUCGUAAAUUAAAUUUUGUGACUGUGAAUCGUAUUUAUAUGUUUACUAGGUUCAGAUUAUGGGCCGUGUUUUGUUAUGAUCUCACUCUAUGUUUGUUGUUGUUUGACCUUGACUCAAUCCCUUGGCCUUGAGUUUCAUCUAGUUUGGCUUGAAUACAUUUACAUUACAUUUGAUGGCUUGAAUACAUACCAAUUACAUUGCUGUUUAUUUCUGGAUUAUGCGUGGUUCAUUGAAACGGUGUGAUUUGACUCAGCAAGUAUGUUCCUCAUCAUUCCAGUCCGCCACCAGAGAACACUGUUCCUCCUUCAAUUAGGAAGCCAAUACAUGGAUAGGGGAGCUGUCACGGAGUGCCCCGAUCCUGGGGAAGAAAACAAGGGCAGAGCUUAGUCGAGGACGGCAGUGUCUCAAGACAACAGUGAUGCAGCCCAAAUCUUUAAUCUGUCUGCCGCCAUCUGCUGUAUUCAGAAAGAGGGCGAGAGAGAGAGAUGCUGGAGUGUGAGGAGAAACAUUUCACUGUUCCCCGGAGACCAGUGAACAGUUGGCGGCCGCAUGGAUUCGACUACUAAGAUUACAAAGUACAUCUUUGAAUCACAGCCCACCUGAAGGGCUGGUUUGAAUACUGGGCUCUGGGCUGU